CGGUGGCAGCUACGGAGGAGUCACCCACAGAUUGUGUGCACUCUGCUCUGAGGUGAACGCAGUGAGAAGUGCCAGCCAAGAGAGAAGCCUUCAAGACCUGUGCAGGGAUAGGGCUCAGGUUGGGUGUGUUCCUAUUACUGUGGACAAUUUUGGCUGCUUCAGCUGUUAUUCUGGGUGUGACAUUGGAGCUAUUCAGGAAGAGCCAUGGCCUCAGCCACAGCCACCAAGAAGAUGAGGGAGGAAGCCACAUGCUCCAUUUGCUUGGAGCUGAUGACUGAGCCCAUGAGCAUCGACUGUGGGCACAGCUUCUGCCGCCAGUGCAUAGAGGACAUCCUUGAGAACCUACAAGUGAUGUCAUCCCUGAGGGACCCCCAAUGUCCCCUGUGCCGGGCACCAUUUCAAAGGCAGAGUCUCCGAUCCAACAAGCAACUAGAAAACCUCAUUCAGACUGUCAAGGAGAUAGACCGUGAGAAGCUGUGUGAGGAACACGGGGAGCAGCUCCGCCUGUUCUGUGAGGACGAUGGGCAGCUCAUCUGCUGGCUCUGUGAGCGCUCCCCCGAGCACAGAGGACACAGGACAGCUCUUAUGAAAGACGUAUGUCCAGGCUACAAGAAUUCAUCCCAUCUCUCAGAGGAUCCAGGAUUUGAGACCCAAAAUUGGAGCUUUUCAGGAAGAGUCAUAUUCUUAGCGUCAGAUAUCAAAAAAUUGAGGGAGGAAGCCACGUGCUCAAUCUGCCAGCAGCUGAUGAGGGACCCAGUGAGCAUUAGGUGUGGGCACACCUUCUGCCGCCUGUGCAUAGAGGACGACUUUCAAGACCAGCACCAUAUUGUCAGAGCACUGGGGUUCAUCAGCUGUCCCCAGUGCUGUAUUAUGUUUUCAAGGGCAACCAUGCAUCACAACGAGCAUGUUGAAAGACUCCUUGAAUACAUCACCACAUUGUGUGAGGAACACGGAGACCCGCUCCACCUGUUCUGUGAGGAUGACGGGCACCCCAUUUGCUGGCGCUGUACACAGUCCCCACAGCACAGAGAGCACAACACGGCUCUUGUUGAAGAUGUAUACCCAGGUUACAAGGAAGAGCUCCAGGAAGUUUUGACAAAACUGACGGCACUACAAGGCCAAUGUAGGAGCUGGGCGUUAAUCACAAGAGAACAAAUAGAAGAAUGGGAGGAGAAGACAGAACUUCAGAAACAAAAAAUCCAGUGUGAUUUUGAGAAGCUCCACAUCUUCCUUCGUGAAAAAGAGAACUAUUAUCUUCAGGAAUUAGAGAAAGAAAAAAACCAGACCCUGAACACACUGCGGGACAGUGAAGCCAGUCUGGCAAAGCAAAAUGAUGAAAUUGAUAGUCACAUCCUGGAACUAGAGAAGAAAUGUCAGGGCUCAGCCCAGAAGUUGCUUCAGGACGUAAAAGACACCUUGAGCAGGAGUUCAGCUGUGAAGUUGGAAGUCCCAGAGGCCAUCUCUUUGGAGCUUUACACUGAGUGUGACUUUUCUAAGGUUUGCUCUGAUAUGAAGAAAACAUUCCUGGCUCCUGAUCGGGAUGGCAGUGUUGUGAAGCACAGCGCCCAUCAGGGCCCGAAGGGGGUGGGUUUAGGGCCUGAAAUGAAUGGCUGUUCUUCUCCCCAGAACCAGCUCAGACUUCCUCCCCACUUCAGGAUUAGGAGGCUCUACUGGCCUCCACGGGAGCAAAGCCACUCCGGAAGCCCCAGCACCACAGCCAGCAGCACACACCCCAGCACCGCCUUCAGUCCUUGCCAGGAAGCCUCUCAGGAGGAGACCCAGUGAAGGCUCCCCUGCAGGCUGCUCUGGCAGGGUUGCCACAGCUCUGAGCCUGGAGAAAACAGCUCCAGAUCCCUCGGUAGGGGGCAGUGUUUCCACCCUGAGAGACUAGUGACUGUUCCUGGCCUGCAAGGAGACUUGACAUGACUAUGCAGCAGAGUUCACAGACUCGUAGGGGAAGCUGCAUCUGAUGGGGCACGGUGAUGCUAAGGGCUAAGGACACUGCUCUGGUGGAGACUUUGCUGCGAGGCCUGGGAGCUCCUCAGGACGGUGAGGAGAGGCUGCAUUCUGGAGCACCUGCCCCCAGACAGCACCCAGGAUCCACAGUCUGGGCAGGCCACAGGACCUGCAUCUCAAAAUGGCCUCCUUAAAAAAACUCAGACACCAUUGUGAUCUUCAUGACAGUUCCCAUCCAGGCUUUUGUCAGCUUGGACAUCAGUCAGCUGGAGAAUGAAUGCACCUAAUGAAACAGAAUCAUAGAUAUCUGGCGCGAGCCAUGCUACUCAUGUCUUCUGACAAAGGUCCGGGCAUGGGGCAGAUUCCUAAAAAGUCAGGACUCUUGAUAGCUGACUCCUGCUAGAGUCUUCUCAUUUGUUUAUGGCUUUUCUGUAUGUGGCAAUUGUUACCCAUUUAAAAGUAAAACUGCAAAUGCUGUAUGACCAAUUACUGAAUAACUAAUUUGACAACAAUGGCACUGCAUGAUGCAAACAGUACAUUCUUAAACAAUUAAUAAGCUUCUGCCUGAAGGCAGUGAUUCAGAAUUGGUUUUAUUGUAACAAGUGAUAUGUCACACCUAAAAUCUUCUGGAAACUAAAGGCUGUAAACAUUCCCGGCCAAGUCUUUGAUACAGAUUUGUGGUCUUUUAAGGCAGAGGCCAUCUGGAGAGGAGUUUUGAAGUUAGAGAUAGCAGUUAGUUAACAAGAUAAUUAAGGAAGUAAUAGGUAAAAAUAUUGCCUUGAGAAAGUAAAAGGAGUUUCCCUCUUUCUUUUGAAGCUUGGAGUCAGAAAAAAUGUCAGUGCAACUUAUGCGGCACUGGGAUUCUUUGGGUUUUUUGAUUCUUUACUACUUUUAUUAAAUUAGAAUAGAUUAGUUAUAGGAAUGAAAAGUUUUUGAUUUUAGCAGUAAUUGGAUUUGAUUACCAAUACAUAAGGUAAUUAUGUUUUUUAAUAUUUAAGAUUUGGGAAUUUUAUAAAUUUUGAUUAAUUAGUAAUUUAGCAGUUAUAAAGGAGUUAAGUUUUAGUCAUAUACGUUUUUUGUUGUUUUGCUGUUUUUAGCAUUAACAGAAUGAUUACUGGGCAGUAGAAAAUAAAUGAUCAUUAGGGGACAUUUUGUGUGGUAAUUGUAUUUACCCUUAGAACAAAGUGAAAUGGCUGUAAUCACCUCAGCAAGGGGUCACAGGACCCAAGGCUGGUUUUGAAAAAAUGCCAGGGUUGUUAGUCUUUUUUUUACUUGAAAUUUUUUUUACUUGAAAGCACACGCUUAUGUACUCCCGCGCCUUGCUCGAGAUGUAUAAAGAGCUGCCGAGACCCUCGGCAGGAGAUACUUGCACCCUGAUCAAGUGUCUGUGUCUCCUCAUUCCCUUUCGCCCUCAGCCACUCAGAUUUGUCUACCCUGUCUGUCCUUGCAGGAACCCCUGACACGACAUUUUGUCAGAGCUGCUUCCGGCAAGAUUUUAUUAUAGACAUUUUCCUUCAAGGUCUGAGACUUUUUUUCCAAUGUGCUCAGUCAUCAAUGGACAUUGAACUUAGCAAUGAGUUACUUGCAUUAUUCAUAGGAUCACGUGGUCUCUUUUCUCGAAUCUGAUAAUAUGACAUUUAUGUUGAUUACUCUGUAGUAGUAAACUAUUAUAUAUUAUAUAUUAUUUGAUACCCAAAUAUCAAGGUGUCUUGAAAAUCAUAAUCAUACUGCAAUUCUGUUGCCACUUAAGGGUCGGUUGCAUGGAGUAUUUAACAAAUAAUCCAUUACCCAAACAGGAAUCCUGAUGUUAGAAAAUAAAGAAAAUUGGGCCUCCCUGGUGGUACAGGGGUUAAGACUCAAUCUCUGAACCUCGUCAGCCUCUGCAGCAUGAGUUUGAUCCCCGGCCAGGGAGCCACCCACAUGGUGCGGCAAACCUCUCUUGACUCGCCCACUUCUCCCCUCAGCAGUGUAUUUCAGUCAGUCUGCCUGUUCUGCUCCCCACUCUGUCUCUGGUGAAUCCUCUCACCCCCCACAACUCUGGCCUCUACUCCAGUUCUUUUAUUUAUAAAUAAAUAAAUCUUCUUUGCGAAUAAUUUUAUUUUAUAAAAUUCUUACAUCAUUUUUCAUUUUUGCAUAAUGUAUGCAUUUUCAUUUUGGUUAUAUUCCCCAUACAAUUCCCACCCCCUUUUUCUGACCUUAAUUCCUCUUCUCCUCCCCUCAGCCCCCACUGUAGUGUGUCUCUGGUCUAUAGUUGCUUGUUGAUUUUGGUUUUUACUUUAUUGCAAUUAGUCUUUUUCCUGGUCCCUUAUUUAGGUUUUCUAAAUUCCUGCUAUGACUGAGACCAUCCGUUAUUAUUUUUUUUCUUUCUGGUUUAUUUCGUUGAGCAUAAUCGUUCCAACUCCAUCCAUGUUGCUGCAAAUUGUAUGAGUUUAUCUUUUUUGAUUGCUGAGUAAUAUUCCAUUGUGUAUAUAUACCACAUAUUCUUGGUCCAGAGUGCAAAUUGGUCCAACCACUGUGGAAAGCUGUGUGGAGAUUUCUUGACCUACUAAAGAUAGAGCUUCCAUAUGAUCCAGCAACUCCAAUCCUAGUAUUUACCCAAAGGACACAGAAACAGUAAUUCAAAAGGCACCUGCACCCCUAUGUUUAUAGCAGCACUAUUUACAAUAGCUAAGCUAUGGAAACUACCCCAAUGCUCAUAAAUAAAUAAAUCUUUUUAAAAAAAACAGAAAAUUUAGCUGCCAUCUAUACCCUGAUAGCAUUGUGACCUUGGCUGGAGUAAGAAUGAAGACACUUGUUAGGUAGUUGUGGAGAGACUGCCCACACAUUAGACCUCCUCACAUAUAAAGUGAGACAUACUUUCUUGUUUUUUUGCUUUUUUUUUUUAAAGAGGCAUGUAUUUUUACUUAUUUAUUUAUUUGUUUGUUUUUUUUUUUUUUUUCCUUUGUUUGUUUAUACAUGCACUGGGUACAGUCAGAAGCG